CACCGCUGCACCUCCACUCCACAGACCCACGGGCUACCACACCUGUCUGGAGACCAUCGCAUUCACCCCCAUGUCUUUAUGCACUGGACUGAAAUCGCAUUAUCAUCAGAAUACACUGUGCAGGAUAGUGCGCCGGAUCUUGCAUGCGAGGAGAAGAUGGGACAAUAUGAAGGGUCUGUGAGAGGAAUGGUUGCGGCAGCGCCACAACAAAAGAACGAGCAACACACGCAUCCAUCCAGUGAACACGUGUAGCUUCACCAAUCAUGCUAGAGUCCUCACAUGUUGCUGCCCCUCCGCCCAUGUCGGAGUAGAAGAGGGAGGGCUUUAAGGAGGAGCUGUUACCCCGGCGGUGACCGACGCGCUAAAGGUGAUGCAACUUCCAAUAGCCCAAAAAUUGGCGGAAAAAACCCCCCAUCGCGGCAGACUCCUGUCAAGAGACUUCAAGCAUAGAAAAGUUUCAGGAUUAGGGCAGAAUUAACACAAAGCGGCGACGCCACUCCAGCUACACUCACAAACAACACAGAAGAGGCAACAGGGGGGACGGAGACAGAGAGCGCGACACGACGGGGUGAAGACACUCGAGCGAACCUCAGCCACCUCAGAAAAACUUCCAGCUCUGAUAGCGACAGGCAGGCGAGUCCAUCCCAGAGAGAGAGAGAGAGAGAGAGAGAGAGAGGCAGCAGAGGCAGAGAGACGGCAGCAGAGAGGAUCUUUGCUGACAAGGUCCUGAAGGAUGGAAGAGAAGCAGUUUGCUGGGAUCCUGAACGGAGCAGUUCCAGGAGAGCCAGUGAAGAAGGAUGAAAACUCGCGGAGAGGGAACUGGGGCAACCAGAUUGAGUUUGUCCUCACCAGCGUGGGCUAUGCUGUGGGCCUGGGCAACGUCUGGAGGUUUCCAUACCUCUGCUACAGAAAUGGAGGAGGUGCCUUCAUGCUCCCAUACUUCAUCAUGCUAGUGUUCUGCGGCAUUCCCCUCUUCUUUCUCGAGCUUUCCUUUGGUCAGUUUGCCAGUCAGGGUUGUCUGGGAGUCUGGAAGAUCAGCCCUAUGUUCAAAGGCGUAGGCUAUGGCAUGAUGGUGGUGUCCACCUACAUUGGGAUCUACUACAACGUUGUCAUUUGCAUCGCCUUCUACUAUUUCUUCCAGUCCAUGACAAACCUGCUGCCGUGGACCUACUGCAACAACCCCUGGAACACACCGGACUGCAGCGGGGUGGUCGGCACCGGCCACCGGCUCAACGGCAGCCUGGCAAACGCUACCACCAGCCUGGUGGUGGGGGUUACCGAGGUGGUGAACCGCACUAAGAGGACCAGCCCCAGCGAGGAGUACUGGAAACAUUAUGUUUUGAACAUCUCUGAUGAUAUUGGGAACUUUGGAGAGGUCCGUCUCCCUAUCCUGGGCUGCCUGGCUAUUUCCUGGUUUGUCGUCUUUCUCUGUCUAAUCAGGGGCGUUAAAUCCUCUGGAAAGGUGGUCUACUUCACAGCGACAUUCCCGUAUGUGGUUCUGACUAUCCUGUUCAUCCGUGGUAUCACUCUGGAUGGAGCCAUCAACGGCAUCAAGUACUACCUGACUCCACAGUGGCAGAAGGUCCUUGAUGCAAAGGUGUGGGGAGAUGCUGCCUCACAGAUCUUCUACUCCCUGGGUUGUGCCUGGGGUGGUCUCAUUACCAUGGCUUCCUACAACAAGUUCCACAACAACUGCUUCAGAGACAGCAUCAUCAUCAGUAUAACCAACUGUGCGACCAGCGUCUAUGCCGGUUUUGUCAUUUUCUCCAUCCUGGGCUUCAUGGCGCAUCACCUGAACGUCCCCGUGUCUGAGGUGGCUGACCACGGCCCUGGACUGGCCUUCGUGGCCUACCCAGAAGCCCUCACUCUGCUCCCCAUCUCACCACUCUGGUCGCUGCUUUUCUUCUUCAUGCUCAUCCUUCUGGGACUGGGGACUCAGUUCUGUCUGCUGGAGACUCUGGUGACGGCCAUCGUGGACGAGAUCGGCACAGAUUGGAUCAUCAGGAACAAGACUGUAGUCACAUUGUCAGUAGCCAUAGUUGGUUUCCUACUCGGAGUGCCGCUAACAACACGGGCAGGAAUCUAUUGGCUGUUACUGAUGGACAACUACGCCGCUAGUUUCUCUUUGGUCAUCAUCUCCUGCAUCAUGUGCAUCUGCAUCAUGUAUAUUUAUGGUCACAGGAACUACUUCAAAGAUGUUGAGAUGAUGUUGGGCUUUCCUCCUCCUCUUUUCUUCAAAGUGUGCUGGAGAUUCAUCUCCCCGGUCAUUAUCUCUUUCAUCCUGAUCUUCACGGUGAUCCAGUACAAGCCCAUCACUUACAACGACUACGUGUAUCCCGGCUGGUCCUUGGCUAUUGGCUUUGCCAUGGCUCUGUCCUCAGUGGUCUGCAUACCGGUCUACGCCCUCUACAAGAUCUCCAGGUCCCCAGGAGCCACCUUUAGAGAGCGGUUGAAGAACUCUUGCCGAUCACAUCCAAAGUGGGGUCCUGCCCUGCAGGAGCACCGGACAGGCCGCUACGCCCCCAUGGCCUCUGAAGACACUGUGGAGGCUCGCCCCCUAAAGGAGAAGGAGGAGCUGAAGGAAGAGCAGAAGGAGGAAGAGAAGGAGAAGGAGAGGAAGGAUGAGAUCAGCCUCACCAUCCAGGGAAGCAACGGCUCCACCAACACACACAACAACCCCAACCCCAGCGCAUAGACAGCACCACGGUCUGUCAGCGCCACCGGGCAUCGCCCCACCGUCUCCUCCUUCUCUUCCUCCCUUUUCCUCCCUUCUGCUCCAUCCUCACCCCACUUUCCCACAGUCCUCUGUGGGGGAGAUCCCAUUCGCUGGAGACCUUUACAUAUUGUAAGGGCUUAUUAUAUCUAUCCUAACCUCUUCUAUCUAUCUGUGUGUUGUCUCUAGAUAAAUGAAGAAAAAAACACGAAAGGAAAGAAAAAUUGGGUCGUCAUCCAAAAGAUAUGUGUGUAUGUUAGUGUGUGUGGGUGGGUGGGUGGGUUGUUAAUUUGUUCCACAUAAUUUAAUAAUGCAGUUUGUUUUUUCCUUUCAUUUUUUGUAAAACUUGUAUAUGUCAUCUUCAUAUGCAGUUAGAGGUCCAGUAGAUUGUGAAGCUGCAUGUGUUUGUUUUGUGCAUGCAGCAGCAUAGAGACACACACUGUUCUCCUUUAUUCUGUUAGCUGGUUCUGUUUGAGAUGGGCGACUUAGUAGCGGCAGUGAUCUGACAGCUGGAGACUUGUAGUGGUGCUGUAACAUAGAAGAGGAGGGUAAACUGUGCCUGUACCGGCCAUUUACAGUCUGAUGAGGCUACGAAAUGGAAUUAUGCUCUAUUCUGUGGCCAGAAAAAGAGGCGGACACACUCAUUCACACUCAUACACUCUGUAUAUUUACAGCACACAGUGACCUCAACCAUAGUUGAUCUCAGCUUAAGACUAAGCCUGUUGUUUUUUUAUGCUGCUUCUUCUUUACAAAAAUGUUUUAAAAAAAUUCUACAGAGCACAAAUAUUUAACAAACACCCGAGAUGGCUACUGACACUUAGGGCUGAUUUUCUGUGGAAAUUGUCCUCCAUUAGUAACUUUUUGUUCCACUAAAGCUGCUUAAACUCAGCAGAGAGACAGUGAACUGUACUGUAACUCUCUCUGCAUCUACAUUCACACACACACACACACGCACACACACACACACACACACAAAGCAUAUUUGUUUCAGACAGAGGAUGUCCCAGUGCCCGUUUCUCAGGGUCCAAGUGAAGGUGAACUUUGCAGUUUCUCGCCUGUGGAAACUUUGUCUCGACCUGUUUAGAUAUUAGGGACUGAAACCACCUAACAUUCCUCGCUGUUGAAAAAGCACCUACACACACACACACACACACACACACACACACACACACACACACACACACACACACACACACACACACACACACACACACACACACACAAAACAGGUGGAUGCAACUACGUAUUUAGAAGUGCCAUCUCUUCUUAAGUCUUCCGGGCAUUCUUUUCUGAGUGAAAUGCAUCUUGGGGAUGUGAUCUGUGAAGGAGAAGCUAGAAAAGGAUCAUACGUGUGUCGUAGUCGGUGUCUCUCGUGGGUCGUAGCAAUCUGCCCCAUUCAGGCAUGUUACCAAAAACAUUACCUACGUUACCUGCACAUGUUUUUGGUAACAUAUGUAUCUCAGAGACUGAUCUGCUGUCAGCCUCUUACAGUCAGUGGAACCUUUAAUGUAUUUACAGACACUUGUUUUAAAGCUCUGAGCCAAGCUGUGCUGUAACCGACGGAGAGACAGAAAAGCAGAGAGAUGCUGCUUGUUUCCAGAAGAAAAACAGAAUAAAACUCUUCAAUGUAUUAUGUAGUUUUAAAUGUAGCUGCAUAGUAUCGUUCUCUCAGUAGAAGUCUCCUUUUUACCUCUCAUUAUUGUAAAGUAACGUAGUAAAUAAUAUUAAAGACAUCAUAUGUUUAUUUUGUACAAAAAAUAAAAACUAAAGAAUCUUAAUUAACCAUGUUUACCAUUCCUCAUCUGUGACUUGAUUUGUUGUUGUUUUUGUCGGAGGGCGCGAUACAAUAGAGAGGACUCUCUUUAGCAUGCAGGGUUGGGUUUCCCAGGAGUGUCUUGUUGGAAAGCGUCCAGCACAGUGUUGUAGUAGUGAGGUGGCAGAGGUUUAGGGUGGUCUGAAGACAGAGCAAGCACAUGGGCACACUCUGGUUUUCCCCUUCAUCUAGACUGCUGUGUGAAACACCACAGCUCUUGUGUUUUUAUCCUCAGAUGCUCCGCCAGGUUGGUGGAGAGAUGCACUUAGCUGCACAGGCAGGGGAGGUUUUGAGGGAUUGCAUCAGCUUUGGCUCAUUUUGCACGGUAUUGUGGUGUUUGUGAGCUGUCAAAUUAUCAGUUUGUACAGCCAGAGGGUCAUGAUGUCGGUGUGAGCAUUGAACAUAUUAGCACAAUACACAAAAUCCCAUAAUAUAGGCAGCAUAUUUAUACAUAGGGAUGUUCUUCACUUCAAAAUGAGAGUUUGAUGAGAAGAUUGAUCGAUCUUGCAGCCGCAGUUUAGCAUAAAAACCGGAAACAGGUGGAAACAGCAAGUCCGGUUUUGUCCAAAAGGUGUUAAACUUGUCAGAUGGAGAAUGGUCUGACUGCAUCUCAUUACCAUUCAGGCUUGUUUCUCUUUCUCAUCACUCAUCUUGGGCAGUGCUAAAUAGGUGCAUGGGUGCAAAAUAGUGAGUCAGGGAAUUAUCUUUGGGCUAAAUAUGCCAGAAUUUUCAUUAAAUGGCCAAUUCACCACAAGAAUCACUGUUUUAGUGCAUGAUCCAAGUUGUUUGCAAAACCUGCCAUCUUCAGGAUGUAAUUUGUCAGCUUGGAGGUUGUUGUUGUCUUCUGUAAUGAAAAGGACUGUAAAAAUGGCAACAGACAUGUAAAAUUUGCACCAGAAUUGGCAGACUUAUACUUGAAGUCUAAAUCUAGUGAGUCAGACUAGUACACAGGUAAUUCCAUCCACCCACAAGAAUUUUGGAAGCUCACCGUUUUACUUGGUAUAUCCUCCUAAUUUAAUCUGCACAAAAAAACUGCCUGGUCUCAACCAAGUAACAGUCUUGCACAUAAUGCCUUUAUCUUGGCAAAUUAUUGUUUGUUAUCUUGUACAAAUAAACAUAUCAGUUAAUUAGGGAGUUGUUAAAUUGCUGGUAGGUGAGUUUUGGACUGAACCAGGCUUGAGGUUUCACCCUGUUUCUCGUCUUUUAGCUUUGCUAAGCUACAUGAAUGCUAUCUGUAGUUUUGUAUUCAACAGAGACAUGGGAAUAGUAGCAAUCCUCACAUCUAACUCUCUGCUAGGUGGCAAAAAAGCCCUCGCCAAAUGGUGACUGAUUCUGCUCAUAUUUUCAAAAUACCGAAGCACAUGUUCCUUCUCGUCUCUCGCCACUACUCCCCGCAAUCAGGUCUCCAGAGGAUGGUGGUUUCCUAGCGCGACAGUGCAGUCACUCCAGUAAUCCACAAGAUGGAGUGAUGCUAACACUCAGGGUAGUAAAGGCACAACAGAGGUGUAGCUGUGAAUGAGAGGUCAGCGUUGAGCACAGGAGCUCAAACGUACUGAAUCGUAGCGAGCACUCUGAAGCAAGCACACAUUUAUACCCAGACUUUUAACAGGCUUUUUUAUGGAAAUAUGCUCCGGUUCUUCCCGUAGAUGGUUGUUUUGGUUGGAUCGGUGUUGAUCCUCUGCUUCUGUUUUUUUCUUAAACCGUCCACGCCACAUGUAUUUGUAACAGUGUUGAUUUUUUUACUAAAAGUACUUCAAAACCAGGUGCUGUCUGACACAAUACAUUCUCACCACCCUUUAAUCUAAACAUACUGUGUUGCUUUCUUUGAAACAUGACGAAGUAUCAUUUCCUGAAUGAGGUGAACUUAAGACUCUCAGUGUGUAAUGGGACAGCUUGUAGCUCAGACCGCGUCCUGUUGGUGAUUGCCUCUCUCGUGUGUUCAUGUUGCUAGAAGUGAAGCUUAGCCACCAUGCUACCGUGCUAUCUCUCUCUAUAUCCCAACCUUCGCCAUCUCUGCUGGCCCUGCAUCUCUUCCUCCCAUUGUACAGUAAUGUAAAAACAAAAUAUAUAAUCGGACUGUGUGUGUUUGUUCCUCUUUGAUUUUACUCUGGGGACAGGAUCGGUGUGUUUCUUUUGCAGGUCGGGGGAGGGUGGGGUAUUGGUUGAUUUUUUUUGUUUGUUUUUUGAUUUGUCAUUUUUCUCGUAGCGUAAUGUAGAUGACGUCAGGUGUACUGUGUAUUCUGUGUGUAGUGGAUUAGCUCUUAUUGCCGAGCCUGCAUGUAGAGCAGGUGUAGUGUCUGUAUUGAUGUCCAUGUAUUUCUAAUCUAUCAGCACUAGCCGAGUCCUAUUCUGCUAAUAAUAUACAGUCUUUUAAUCUGUUCAACUUCAGCGGCCCGCAUUCGGGCCGUUUUGAGAUGUGCAAAAGUAUUUUGCUUAAUUGACCGAAGCUGCAAACUCGAUGAUAGAAACAUUAUACACCCAUGGAAAGCUUAGAUUCUCAUGAAUCCGCUGGUAUAAACCACUUCCAGAUGUUAUUACCACAAUGGGUAAUAUAAACACAUUUGUCCAACAACCAACAAAUAACGUAAACAGCACAACUCACCUUUGAAGGCUCAUAACUAGUCACAGAUGAAAAUAUUCCACAAAAAACGGCCAUAAUCCAACCUUGGACAUCCAGACAAAACAAGCCAGUAAAAUAUUUUGUCCAAAACAUGUCUUGAAAUCAGUAAAUAAUCCACAAAUAGCUAGUUUUCGUGCACGUGCACCUCACGCUGCGCGUCCCAUAUUCCCUGUAUUUCUCUUCAUAUUUUAUAUACAAAUAAGAUAUUAGCAAUCUUUUGUUCUGAAAAUGGCCGCUGAAUUGACUGCAGUAUAUAGGGUUCAGGAGACAAAAAAACUUUUGUACUAAAAGAAGAGAAAGGAAACUAAAUAUUUUAUCUUCAGAUUUUAAUCAUUGUUUAUCCAUGGUCGAUGACACUACUUUUUUGUUUGUUUUUGAAGUUGUAUUCAGAGGAAACUUGAGAUAAAGCCAGCUGAUAUUAAAAGCAUUGCCAAACAAAAAGCUUUGGAUCGAAACUUGAACUACAAAAGAAUGGUUAGUUUUUACUGUGAGCUCUGGUGUGGACAGUGGCUGCAGCUACAUGACGAUGCUUUUGUUCUUUGUUUUUUUGUUUUACAACAGUAUUACAUCGACUUCAAGCUAUUUUCACACAGUGCAGUGCCACCAGUCAUACAUCACUGUUUACCGUUAAUAUCCUGUGGCCCUUUACCCGAGCAGUUUGGCUGUUUCUGUCUAGUUGUGUCAAAACAAAAAACAAAAUCAAAACACCAAAAUUACUCUGCAACCAGGAAUGAAUCAGCAUCAGGAACUUACAUCUUCAUUCUCGUGCGUAACAUCAUUUUGUUAGAAAACAUGAUUUUAUGUGAACAUUUUAGGGAAAUAAUCUGGCAUAUGUACCAGACGAGAGUCCAGUGUUAUUUUAAAUCAAUUCCUCUAGAAAGCACAACUGAGAUGAAUUCAUAAUUGCAUGAAUAAUGCAUUACAAUACACCACCGCUUACCUUUACUGCACACCGUUUCGACUGUGCAGAAAGUCACUGAUGUUGAAAACUAGUGAAGGUUUUGGACCAUUUUUGUAAAUGAACUCACAGCACAACUGCUUAACUGUAGUAAAAAAACAAAACUGUGAUUUUAUCUUGUUUCUGUGGUUCUCUGUAAAUGACAGAACAUUACCUCUUGAAUUUCUUACUACUGCUCAUAUAAGCAUAAUCUCAUUGCAGCACUUUAAAGAAAUCAUUAGUUUUUUUUAUAAGCAACAGGAAAUAUAUAUAUCUAUAUCUAUAAAUAAUUAGAAUAAUAAUUCACACUUCCAUAUUGAAAAUAUAAAAGCACGUAAAGAAAAUAAUGUCUUUUUCAGUGGUCUGGCUGAAAGAAAUUGCUGUGUUGUUGCUAUGCCAGUGUGAACUGUUGAACAAAGGAGAAGUGGAAAAAGGAAAAGCACAAGUGAGAAAAGAGAACACAGUUCUUCUGGUACCUUCUAUCAUAUCUAUCUGUCUAUCUAUCUAACCAUGUCUGUUCUUGUUCUUCAACCUUUAGGGCCAAAAUCCAUUGAAAUGUCUUAGUCCUGUCAGCUGUAUAUCGUAAACUGUUGAAUUACAAAAUGGUAAAUAAAAUCUAUUUUAAAGAUCA